AUGACCAAGACUCUCCACGAACGAUUCCUCCAAGAAAAGACGGUCGCCGUCGUCGGCUGCCCCUUCUCGGGGGGUCAGAGGCGCAAGGGUGUCGACACGGGCCCCGUCUCGCUGGUCCAGGCGGGCAUCUGCGAGCAGCUCGAGUCGCUCGGCUGGAAGGUCGACUUUACCGGACACCACUCGUUCGACCACAUCAACGAGGGCAUCGCCAAUGACACCGACAUUGGCAUGAUGAAGCUGCCGCGUACGGUCUCGGCGGUGACCAAGCAGGUGGCCGAGGUGGUCGAGUCGCACGCCAAGCAGGGCAAGCUGCCGCUCACGCUGGGUGGUGAUCACAGCUUGGCGCUCGGCACCGUCUCUGGGUCGCUGCGAGCACACCCGGAUGCCGCGCUCAUCUGGAUCGACGCGCACGCCGACAUCAACACUCCAGACACGACCGAGUCUGGCAACCUGCACGGCUGCCCUGUCUCGUUCUUGCUCGGGCUGCAAGGCACCGACGUCGAGCCGUUCAACUCGUGGGUGCCCAGCAAGCCACUGCUGCGUCCCGACAGUCUGGUGUACAUUGGUCUGCGCGACAUUGACGCGGGCGAGCGCAAGAUCCUCAAGGAGAACAACAUCAAGGCGUACAGCAUGCACCACGUCGACAAGUUUGGCAUCGGCAGGGUGGUCGAGAUGGCGCUCGACCACGUCAACGGCGCACCAGGCAAGCGCGAUCGUCCCAUCCACCUCUCCUUUGACGUCGACGCGCUUGACCCCAGCGUAGCUCCUAGCACAGGUACACCGGUGCGAGGCGGUCUCACCUUCCGCGAGGGCCACUACAUCUGCGAGGCGCUCUACGAGACCGGCUGCUUGGUGGCGCUCGACUUGAUGGAGGUCAACCCGUCGUUGCUUGAGGACCGCGAGGCGCAGCAGACCAUCGCCGUGGGUUGCUCGCUCAUCCGCUCCGCCAUGGGUGAGACUCUGCUGUGA